AACAUUUUGAUACACAGUACCAAAUAAUCAUGAAGAUGUUCUUAUUUAGCUCCGUACUUCUUCUUUCGGUUGUUUUAAUCAUCCGUGGUUCAACUACUGCAGACGUUUGUAGUUUGCCUCCGGAAACUGGGCCAUGUAAAGGCGCCAUUCCCAGAUAUCAUUGGGACACAUACACACAAAAAUGUCUGAUAUUCACUUACGGAGGAUGCGGCGGCAAUGAAAACAAUUUCGUAACUGAAGACGCAUGUCGUGCAAAGUGCAACACUUAUCCCGAGGCUUGUACAUUGAGGCCAGCUAUAGGUGAUUGUCAUAGCCAUCUUAUCAGAUACUUCUAUAAUCAAACAUUGCGCGCUUGUCAGAAGUUCUCUUACACAGGAUGCGGCGGCAACGCGAACAAUUUCAAUGAUAAUACCACAUGCGAAGAAACUUGCUACACUUAUCCAAAGUUAUGCUCUUUGAAAGCAGAACCAGGGCCUUGUACAGGUGACUUUAAAAGAUACUUUUGGAACAACGACGAGAAAGAAUGUCAGGAAUUCAGUUACGGAGGAUGCCAAGGCAACGAGAACAAUUUUAAAACAAUUAAAGCAUGCAACAACGCGUGCAACACCUAUCCCUGGUCGUGUCAAUUGGAACCACAUUCAGGACCUUGUCCAGUUAAUGGCACCAGAUAUUAUUGGAACGAUAGCGAGGGAGAAUGCCAGUUAUUCCCUUACGGAGGAUGCUUCGGCAACCAGAACAAUUUUAAAACAGAAGAAGUGUGCCUAGACAUGUGCAGUUGGUAGGAUCUUUUAUUUAUAAUGCGUGUCAUGAAACAAUAAUAAAGUGGAGUGUACGGACAACGGCACAUCAGACUACACAUUUUUGUUCGAAAAUGGCUUCCAGUGCAACGGAACAAGAUACGUCAAUGUGUGGCUUGAUAUACUGGCGUGUGUACAUUGAAUAAAAAUCGUCAUUUGAAUUUAACGUAAAAUAUGAACAAAUAUUAGUUCGAUGUAAAUAAAACUC